CGAUUACUGAAUUUACUGUUAUGAUACUGUGGUGUUAUGAUCCUGAGCGAGAUAAAUUUUAUUAUUUAUUUAUGAAUAUAAAAUACUAAAAGAUAAUUAUGAUAAACAUUUGUCAGUGCGCGUAAUAACUACUGUUCAUUGAAGUUUUUUCAUCAAGUUCGAGUCUUCUCGUGUUCAAUCGAGUUUCGAUUCGACAUUUAUUGAGUUGCAGUUUUCGAGAUUUCUCGAACUGUCAUUUUUAGCAGCGUCUUCGGUCUCUUAAAAAAGAAUAAAAUAGAAAACUGUUUUUUUUUUUCAACUGCCACUAACUAUACAACUUGGAAUUAGGAAUGAAUUUCGAAAAUUUUUCAGUGGAGGAGCUAGCUGCUCAUUUAAGAAAUGAAAUCGACGAGGAAACAAUUGAAAUCUUAAAAGACCAGCAAAUCGAUGGAAGCAGUUUUUUAGAGCUUACAUUACAUGAUUUGGUGGAAUUAAUGAAAAUAAAAAUAGGACCUGCAAAGAAAAUACAAAAGAUAAUUAAAGAAAAUCAUGGAUUUGGGAUUCAAAUGGUUGAAGAGGUGAGAGAGUUCGUUGUAAAUCCUCAAACUGGAGCAUUAAUUGAUAUUCCACAGGCCAAAAUUAAUGUCUUGCAAGCUUCACAACGUGUGAAUAGACCGUCAACAAGCUCAUCUACAGUGGAAGACACUCCUUUCUCAAAAUAUAAAACAGUCAGAGAAACAUUAGAACAUCACGCGCAAGGAAUUCAUCUUAUAAAUGUUAUUGAUAAAGGACAAUUUGGAGAAGAAGAUCGACGUGCCUUGGUGCGAAUACUGGUCUCUGAAUUAAUCAAUGAAUAUAAAAAUCUAUAUCCUCCAGAUGAUGCAAAAUGGGCGUUAGCUAAAGCUAUAGUUAGGGAAUUUCCUUCCUUGAGAGAACAAAGUAGAGAAGCAUCAGCAGGUUGUGAACAUUUUUUUGAUAAAAAUACAAGAAAAGGAUUUAUAGAGUUUAGACUCUGGAACGCUCGAAAAGUAGUCAGCCCUUCAAAAAAAAAAUACGUUACAAAGAACGUAAAAAAUUCUAAGAAAAAUUGUGCAAGUAAUAAAGCUGCUGCAGUACAGAACUUAUUAUCUUCGGAAGAAUUAGAAGAAAAAAUAUCUUGGAUGCAACUUACUAUGCCUCGACCUGAUAAAAAACGAGGAUUAUGCGAUUGUUUAAUGGAAACUUUUGACGACCGACGCAACUGGAUUGUAAAUGAGAAUCCUACAAUUCAUGACAUUAUGUCAAAAUAUCCUCGCCUUUUUGAUUUUCAUGGAGAAAUGAUUGAAUUGGAGUUUACAAAGUUAUUUAAUGAAGAAUUAAAUAAUAAUUUUUUAGCAUGUUUCCCUGCAAACUACACAGCAAUUAUUAUUGGAUAUUGUAAAGUAAAGCGUCCUGACAUUUUUCGAAAAGCAUCUAUUUUAAAAGACGAAAAUUGGAAAGCUUUGGCUAUCUUAGAUGCUUUGUUGCCAACUUCAAAUUUUGCAAAAAAGAGGAAAGUUAAUGAAGCGUCAAAAGGAAAAAAGAAGGCUAAAAUUUCAGAGGAUCAAGUACAAGAAAAACAAAUUACCGACGUCAGUUCUUCUACAAAAGUUUUUCCAAAUCCUGAUUUGAUCAGAAUUCUUCCGGAAGGAACAAAGGUAACGGAUUAUAUUCAAAACGUUAUCAAGGAAGCAAGUGGAUGUAUUCAACCCUAUGUAAUAUGUGUAACAGGACAAAAAAUUGACACAUAUUUUAUUCAACUCGAUGGUAAACUAAUAGAAAUGGACUCAAAUGCACAUCCAAUCAUCGCUUUCGAUAUCCUUUUUAAAAUACACUUUAUUACAAAUGUCCAUUUUUCUAAUUCUCUUUUUUUCUUCUACAAUUUUGUAGAACAUUAUGUCUAUAAAGGACAAGUUAUUGUUAAAAAUUCAGUUGCAUCUCUGCAUUCUUCUCUUAAUAAUUUUAAAGAGCAAUAAUUUUUUAUUCAUUUAAAGGAGUUUGUUGUUUAAACGAAAAAUAAUGUUCACAU